AUGACGUUACCACCUGCUUUUUUAUUAGGAAGAGCCCUACAUGAAACUCGGGCUUGCAGAGUUGAAGAAUGCCAUUGUAGUACCACACAUUGCACAGCUUGGUGUGGGGCAUUCGAUGAAGCACCUUGGAACUUUACCUUAAUGAAGAGAUCCUGGCUUAAAAGAAAGAAUUUGGAUGCGCAGAAUUUGGCCGCAAUGAGAAAAAGUAUAUCUGCAAUUACUGCAACUUCUCAACUUUGA